AUGUACGACCCCGUCUUGAAGGCAUCCUCGAUUCCUUCGUUGACAAGGCGGAUUCCGCACCCUGUUGACCCUGCAAAAGAGCGCACGUCUGCUGCUUUAGCUAGUACAGUCGGACUUCAGUCCGUUGGCGUUCACUUAUGCACGCUCGCGCCGCAUACACAAUCGUCGACGAUCCAUUGGCACGAGAUAGACGAGGAAUGGUUCUACAUCCUCUCUGGAAAUGCUAAGCUCGUUCUGUACGACUCCGAUAGCAAGACGGAGACAGAGCGCGAAGUUGGACCAGGCGACUUCGUAGGCUGCAAAGCUGGAACAGAAGGCAAAGCAACGGCGCAUGCGUUCAGAACGACAGACGAGGAGAUGAAGUAUCUCUGCGGAGGGACUAACUGCGAAAAAAGGGACAACAAAUUCUUCUGGAUCAACCGCACUAACGGCGACAUGACGUGGGGUGACUCCGAAGCGCUGAGCAGCAAGCCUCCCGCGAGUGCAUGA